AUGCUGCACCUGAUCGACUACCUCGACCGGCCAGUCCCCAGUCUGUUCUACUCAGUCAAAUGGCACAAGAAGUACGGUCCCAUCUUCAGCCUGCAGUAUGGCCUCACCACCUACAUCAUGAUCGGCAACCAUGAGACCGCCCGCGACCUGCUCGACAGGCGGAGCAACAUCUACAGCUCGCGGCCGCGACAGCCCAUGGUCGGAGAGUUGGUCAGCGAGGGAAAUAGGUCCCUGAUUCUGCCGUACGGCGACCAGUGGCGCGCAUAUCGCAAGCUUCAGGGAGCCUUUCUCAGCCCUCGGAUGUCGGACACCUACCGGGAGUUGCAGGACCUCGAGAGCAAGCAGCUCGUUCGCGAGUUUCUGACCCGCUCCGACUUCUCCGAUCGCUUCCACCGCUACUCGUCCAGCCUGACAUUCGCGUUGGCCUACGGCAAGCGCAUGCCCGAGGGUGACGAGCCAGAAGUCACUGGGAUUAAGAAGAUCAUGAAUGACCUCAACAUGCUUUUCAUCCAGCGCUGGAUUGUGGAUUACCUCCCGUUUCUCAAUUUCCUGCCGCACUGGCUGGCGUGGUGGAAGUACACGGCCGACAGAGUGCGCAAGGAGGAAGUCACCUUCUUCAACGGCGUCCGUGAGGCGGCUGAACGGAGACGGGCGUGGAACUGGACCAAGGAGAUCAUAGCCUCCAAGGACAGCCAGGGUCUCACUCAUACCCAGGUGUCGUAUGUGGUUGGAAACACCUACGAAGCGGGCAGUGACACGACGACAAUGACGCUGCAAGUGUUUAUCAUGGCCGCCGUCCUGCAUCCUGCCAAGAUGCGCAAGGCGCAGGAACAGAUCGACCGCAUCGUCGGACGGAGCCGACUGCCCAGCUUCGAUGAUAUUGAUCAGCUGCCCUAUAUUCACGCCGUGGUCAAGGAGGUCCAUCGCUGGCGACCUGUCAUCCCCGGGGGCGUCCCGCAUGCCGUGACCGAAGACGACCAGUACAUGGGAUACCACAUCCCAAAGAACGCCACGGUGAUUGGCAAUCACUGGGCUAUCUCGAUGGAUCCCGAUGUGUACGACAAACCGGAGGAGUUUAUCCCGGAGCGAUGGUUGGAGAACCCGGACCUUCCACCAGUGGCCACGUUUGGCUUUGGCCGGCGAAGAUGUAUCGGCCAGCACGUGGCGAACAAUUCCAUGUUUAUCAACGUGGCUCGACUGCUAUGGGCGUACGACAUUGUGCACGCAUACGAGAUGCGAGAUGGCCGCAAGGUCAAGUGCGAGGUCGACCCGAUGGCGUUUGUGCACGGGUUCAACUCCCCGCCCCUGCCAUUCAAGGCGGAAUUUGCUGUGCGUGGGCCUGAAGUCAAAGAGGUUAUCGAGAGAGAAUGGAGCGAGACGGAGAAGGACGAACACGUCCUGCUGGAGCGAAUCCACGAGGCCCAAAUCCGGUUAAAGGAGGGAGAGUAG